AUGUUAGGUGAUGGUAACUGGCAACCUGCCCAAAAGACCAAAACGACCCACGUAACCACCAUGGAUAAGGACUACUUCAGCUUCAAACAUGGCUACACGCUCGAAGACAAGAGUGGGACAUCCGGGAGGUCGAAAACCCGAUCAAAAUUGAAGCAGUCUUUGGCAUCUAACGGAAGUCAGCGAUCAUUUUCACCAUCGCGGCAAAUGGGGUCCAUGCAACCGCAACAGCCACGAAGUCCCGGCUACAAUACUGCGACGUCGCUUAGGAGUCCUUCAGGAUCCCACAAUCACUCGCCGUUAAACACCAUGAAGCUCAACACGAGCUCAGUGAAGCAUGCAAUGAGUUUAGUUUCACCACCAUCAGGAACCCCUUCUGCAAGAAAUAGCCGAAACCCUUCUGUUUCUGGAGCUUCAGGGCCAAAACAAAAUUCACAGGGAGCACUGGCAAGCUUGAAUGCCGCUGUGACGUCUCCAGGACGCCAAAAAGCACGAUCCAGUUCGAUUAGCCAUAUUAGUGGAGGGUUUCACAGAGCUCCAUCAGCAGUGAGUCUGGAUACUAACAUAACGCCUACAUUGGUCCUACCUCCCAAUCUGGCUUCCCUCAACUCCCAAAGUGCUUCAACGCUGAAUUCGCCACAAAGUCAGUUUAACAGCGUUGAAGGCACAAGCUCACACGCCAGCAGUAGUGUUUCACUCCAUCAAGAACUGGGCUCCACAAAGUCGUCAUCACGCUCAUCACAGCCUGCAAGCUCGGUAUCGUCACAUCGUCCCUACAAGCCCUUGCAAAAGCAAUACGUGCUGAAUGAAGAACUGUACUUGAAUCAUAUGAAGAAGAGCAGUCUCGACGACUACUAUACCCGAGGAAUUGCAGCUUCCUCUAAUGAAGAUGAUGAUGAAACAGACAAUGAAGCAGAAACAGAAGAUACAGACGCGGAUGAUUCCACUUUUGGUACAAAUUACAAUACUACGACUCAAAAGGGUAGCACAUUGGCAUUCGACGAUCAACUUUUCACUAUGAGCUCUAAAUUUUUACUUUCCCGAAUGGAAUGGCUCAGAAAUGUCGAUCCAGAAGAUCAAGAUGUAAAAGGGUUGCUUGGAACACAACAGCGGAUACCCACUGGCCCAAGUAGCGGCAGAACGUCAAUGUCAACAGGUGUCCGAAAUUUAGAGAGUGAUAGCCACGCAUACGUCCAGCGUUUAUCGCAGAACUCACAUGUACUAGAAAGAUUGGAAUGGCAGGCUAUUCUAGCCAACGUUCUGCGGGGCGAUAUUGUCAAAAGUGAAAAGAGCAAGAUCUCACAUCAUGGGCAUCGCGUGGACACAGGUGUUCAAUACGCAGACGAACUUUGGUUAGAGCUUAAAGCUUGGAUGAAUUGCAGGUCAAUUGAAGAAGAGCGUAACACUCUUGAAUACCUCAAAAACUCCACCGAUCCUGUUUUUGAAGACAUCAUGAAUUUGAAAUUUGAGGACAAUGUAGAAGUGGAUUUUGCAGUAAAAACAGUGAAGCCUCUAUUAGAAAGCUUUCACCAAGUAACAUCUUACUGGAGAAAUUCUCAACACAUGCAUUAUGAAAAACCGAUGACGGGUCGAGAAGAGUUCCAGCAUCGCGUCGCUGCUAUGAAUGCAUUUUUAACGCUACAGGAAGCUUUUGAAUGUGAGAUAGAGGCCUUGAAAGCCUGGACUGGUAGUGAUUCAUUAGACGUUAAUCUCACCCCUUCUUGGCUGGACGUGGAUGGGGUAUUCAAAAAUGAGACAACCUUUGCCGAGCAAAUCUUGAAGGAGCGUGAUAUAGAAAGCAUUUUCCAGAAAAAACUCUUUUACCGUCACGCUCCGUGGAUUUUGAAGGCAAAGGUUUCCAUUUUCACUCUAUCUGAAACUGUGAAACAAAUGAAUCUGCCCUUAUUACACAAAAGUUUGGAAAUUCUUCUGAUGUUUCCUUUUAGGCUUGUGAAAGAGAUUAUCUUGAUUCGACUUGAUUAUGCCAAAAAAUUGAAUAAUCCUACAAUGAUGAUGAUCGACCAAAUGAUUGACGAUUUCAGCUCAUACAUCAGACUCUCAGUACAGAUAAAACACACGGUAGUAGUAUACUGUUCUGAUUGGAAUUUUUCAACGCAGAUUGAUGCCGAUUUUGAUGACACUGUCACCGAAGCGAUAGUGUAUCUCUUCAAGCUGCUGCAUUUGAAGUUGAUCGAUAGCGCUAGAAAGUCUUUCAAAACCUUCAAAGAACCAGAUGAACUUUUGAAGUACUGGGAUCAGUUAAAGAACGUUGGUUGUUUUAUAUCGGGUGCUGGAAAUGCCGUUGCCGAAGGUUUCGCCAAUCUAACACUGCGUUUGCUCAACCGAUUACAUUCUUAUAUUCUCCGCGAGCAAAAUCACCCUCCUCAUUUUGAUAAGGCUACUGAUGCGGAAAGAUGGCUGGUGCAAGUUAUUGAGAAUAUUGGCUCAGUUAAACGAAAAAUUAACCGGUUUUCUAAUGUACUGACUAAGGCGUUUCAGAACUCUGUGUUAUACAAAGUUAAUGAUAACAAAGAAUUGCUGCGAAACUUGAAAGAAACUGGCCACUUUCUUUUGUACACUGGUGGACAACUGGAGAAGGAUGGGGUUUAUCUUUUUUGUAGUGGGGAGCUUCUGGGAUCGUCUGACGAAGAAAUUAUAAAAAUUCUUCAUAAUUCAGCAAUUGGUUCGGACCUUCUUCCUACUGUUGAGAUCAAGAACAGUUUGAGUGUUUAUAAUGCACUUGAGAGUGGUUGGGAUCAAAAUGCAAUUCUAUUUCAAGAAUAUGGUGCAAACGGGGUGAUCUACUAUCAUGUUCAUUCCGAAGGGCACGGAAAAGGCUCUACUAUGAGAGGUCGUAGACCUGUCAAUUACAACAAUACCAACCCAGCGGAAGAGAUCAAGCUUGAAGAGAGAGAACUGUUCGAGCUGGAGAUGAAGCUCAAAACUCUGGGGUAUAUUGUUGCAUACUGCCCUAAAGAGCCGAUACUUUGGGAAGGUGAAAUGCUUAAUCUGUCAGAUACUGUCAUACUCACAAGUAACGACUUUAGUGUCAAAUUACCCACAAACACCUUGGUUCUGAUGAACCAGGGAUCAACGUACGCAAUGGAAUAUCAAUGUGAUAGAUUUGAGCAUUUUGUGGGUCAUGCAGUUUCCUUCAGCGAGAGAAGAUCCUCGAUCAACCAAUUGGAGUAUACUCUCCAGAAAAUAAACCGCGCGUACUUCCGGAUAACUUACACGGUAAUGGCAAAUACAAAUAAAAUAAGCCAGCACGUUCAAGCCAAAUAUCGUGGAAAUGAAGUUUUGAAUAACAUGUUCAUUUUUUGCCGCGAUUUUGCCCGAAACUUUUUAAGAGUCAAUGUCGCGACAUAUGAGAAGAAAUCGAUGAUAAUUCUUAUGCUGAUGAAGAUCAGCAUUGCCUGGAUCAAUUUCUUGGUAGAUGACUGCGACCCUGAAGACUUACGUACUUUCAGAUGGUGCGUACCAGCUAUGGAAUUUGCCAUGCAAAUGACUACGGGGUGGAAUAUUUUGGGACUGGACGAGAGUCAAUUCUCCGUGUUGCAAGAAAAGGUCUCAGGGUGUAUGACUCUUUUGAUUUCUCAUUUCGACAUUAUGGGAACCAGAACUUCUGAGGCUGAAACCUUACUGAGCCACGGUCAAAUUAGGUCGAAUAUUGGAGCUUGCGACAAUGACAAUGAUUCUAUUCUAGCUGUUAAUUCUAAAGUCAGAGUUGAGGCUAUUCAAGAAAUGGAAAGACGGGUGAAACCAAACCCACGACACAUUGGAAAAGUUUUGGAUGAAUCAGACCGAGAUAAUCAGUAUCUACAGUCCCUUGCUUCUUCUUUAUCGAAUGUUUCUAUUAGAUGGCAGAAGCGACACUUUGUCGGAGGAGGAGCUUUUGGUACAGUUUUUUCAGCUGUUAACUUGGACACUGGUCAAAUUCUCGCUGUCAAAGAGAUAAAGAUACAAGAUCGUAACUCAAUGAAGCAAGUGUUUCCGGCCAUUAAAGAGGAGAUGAGCGUGUUAGAAAUGCUCAAUCAUCCUAACGUGGUUCAAUAUUAUGGUGUGGAGGUGCAUAGAGAUAAGGUCAAUCUGUUCAUGGAGUAUUGUGAAGGUGGCUCUUUGGCUCAACUUCUGGAACACGGACGUAUCGAAGACGAAAUGGUGACUCAGGUGUACACACUACAAAUGUUAGAAGGUUUAGCUUAUCUUCAUCAAUCAAGUGUGGUGCAUCGGGAUAUCAAACCCGAGAACAUUCUUCUGGAUUUCAAUGGAGUUAUCAAAUACGUGGAUUUCGGGGCUGCUCGUUCGCUCGCUGCGAAUGGAACUAAAGUGGGCGCACAAGGCGGUGAUAAUAAAGAAGGUGGUAAUAGCAUGAUGGGCACACCGAUGUACAUGUCUCCAGAAGCGGUUACCGGGGCUGAAAAAGGCAAUUUUGGUUCGGGCGAUAUUUGGUCACUCGGAUGUGUUGUUUUGGAAAUGGCUACUGGACGUAGACCCUGGUAUAACCUGGAUAAUGAGUGGGCGAUUAUGUAUCAUGUUGCUGCAGGACAUGUUCCCCAACUACCCUCAAAGGCUGAAAUAUCGGAUGAUGGUCGCAACUUCCUCCUCAGCUGUUUGAAACAAGAUCCCAACAAGAGGUCAACGGCUAUGGAUCUUUUACGAGAAAACUGGAUGCUGGAAAUUCGCAAGCUAGCAUUUGAAGACAAUGAUUCUGAAGAAACGUUGGAAGAAUAG